AUGAAGUGGCUACCGCCACCAUACGCGUCCCUCGCGCGUCACGUCCUUCUCAGCUUACGAGAGAUCUCACACAGAGGUUCAAACUAUCCAAUUACCCUUCCAUCAGACGCCACCCUCGCAGAGCUCAGGUCCUCCAUCGCGGAGCUGACAAAUAUACCUCCUACGAACCAGAAGUUACUCUACAAGGGCAAGAAAGCUUCACACGGAGAUGAUACAACACUGUCCGAUGCAGGGUUCAAGGAUGGGUUUAAGUUGCAGAUGUUGGGGAACACGGACGAGGAGUUGGGCGGUUUGAGAAAGGUGGAGGAUGAACAGAAGAGGGUGGAAAGGAUUAUGCAGGAGAGGCAAGCAAAGGGUACCGUAAAGGUUCGCUCGACAGGUUCUUCGUCCUCCGCUGCCCUCAAGUAUCGCUUCCACCGCAUCGAACCCCUUCCACACCUACCCAAUCCAUCCUCGGCUCUCUCCUUCCUUCAACGGCUUGCAUCAGACCCAGCUAUCAAGCAUGUCAUGCAGACCAACCGGCUCGAAGUCGGUCUGCUGACAGAGCUUGCGCCACACGAGCAUCCGGACCUACUUGGUCUGAACGUGAAUGCGGGACAGGCGAUCAAGUUGCGGAUACGGACCAACGCGUAUGAUGGGUUUAAGCUGUACGCGGAUGUGAGGAAGGUUCUGUGCCAUGAGUUGACACACAAUGUUUGGGGUAAUCACGACGACGAUUUCAAGGAGAUGAACUCCCGACUGAACCGAGAGGUCCUCGCAUAUGAGCAAGCUGCGAAAGCCGGCACACAUACCCUCGGAGGGUCGUACCCUGUAUACGAGUCAUCCUCCGAGCCCGAGCUCGAAGCUGCCCACGUUCUCGGCGGAUCAGGUGUGGCGUCUUUAGCGAAUGAGACCCCCGAGGAUCGCAGAAGAAAGAUACUCAGUGCGACGAUGAGUCGGCUGAGAAAGGAAGAGGAGGAGCUGGAGCAAAGCUGUGGAACAGCGGGGCCGGCGAGAGAGCAAGACCAGGAGACUGCAUAGUGGAGAUACUGCAAGGUUUUGAGGCUUCACCAUACUCCUGCCUGGUGUGCAGUUCGGGUCGUGGUAUGGGCUCGGCAUAGACUGAGGGCGCUGUUGUCUGAACUAGGGACUUUGGUACUGUACUUUUAUCGCGCGAUAUAACUUUAUCUACUUGGAUUAU